AUGUCAUCUCGCUCUACAUCUCGAAAGGAGCCGAUCUGCGCAUCGGAGAUCUUCCCAAGCGUGGAUAAUCAAGCUCUUGAAGUACCCCAAGGCAUACAGAAAUUAACAUACCAGAGUCUCACAAGCUCUACUAGCUUCCGCCUGCUUCAGAUUCUAUCAGAUGGAGGCCAAGAUAUUCUUCGCUGCAAGAUGUUUGAUGCCGAUCUCGCUGCGCAAGAACCACCCCGAUACAUUGCAUUAUCCUAUACAUGGCACGAAGAGAGUCUGCACAAGACUUUCCGGCCUGUGUUGAUUAACGAUAAAUAUCUCAACGUCAGCCUGAAUCUCUGGAACUUCCUCCAAAAUUACCGCGAAACAGCCGGCGAGCGCAUCAUCUGGAUAGAUCAGAUAUGCAUCAACCAAGAGGACAAGGAUGAGUGCGUUCAGCAGAUAGGGCAGAUGUGUGAGAUCUACCAGCGUGCCUCUAUGGAUAUCUUUUGGAUUGGCGAACCCGGGGAGAAUGCAGAGGCAGUUUUGGAUCUCUUAUCAUCCUUGAAUCGCCUGGAGACGUAUCUCCUUGAGUCUGAAGGUUCUCGCCCUGGGAUAAGCGCUCUCCUAAACCCCAUAUUUAUGAGGGCAGUCGGCCUACCAGAGCAUGAUAACCCGAUAUGGGGGUCUCUCAUGCAGUUCAUCUCACGAACAGCUUUCCAGCGAGCCUGGAUAAUCCAGGAAGUCUCAGUCUCACGAAAGACAGCUAUAUUCUGCGGACUGUUGAUGCUACCAUUCGAUGUUGUUGGGAGAGCCGCGACUUUCCUCGUUGAGAGCUCAUGGAUCAAAGUCUUUCACCAGAUGUAUAAUGUCUCUGGUGCAGCAGGUUUUAUCACGGGUAUGAUGAACUGUCGUGUGCGUCAUCAGGAAGGAGAGCGUCAGAGCUUGGAUCUUUUGCUGGCGUCGACUCGGCGGUUUAAAGCUACGAAGCCAGUGGAUAAAAUAUUCGCACUGAUCAAUCUAGCAGAGAGCGGGAGAAGAGAAGUGCUACCACUGGCACUUAGACCAGACUAUCGAAAGUCUGUUGUCGAAGUCUUUCGAGAUGUCACUCUUCAUCUCAUCCGCCAGGGCUCCCUUGACAUCCUUUCUGGUGUCGAAGAUGUGAAGUUUCGGCAGAUUCCUGAGCUUCCAAGUUGGGUACCGGACUACAGCGUACAUCAGGUUGCCUCUAUUCUCUGUAUGCCACCGCGACCUGGAUGGUUGACCUUGUAUACCGCUGCGACAGGACGAGAAGUCAGUGUUCAGCAUUCGCCUGCGGAUCCGAACAUCCUGACGUUUUCAGCGUACAAAGUUGAUACGAUAUCUAAGAUAGGUUCAAUAGCAGAGGAGUCCAUCUAUCUCACACUGGAGAAGUGGGCGAGUAUGGUCGAUUUCAGUGCCGCAUACCCAAUCGUCAAUGGAAAGACCUGUUCUAUGAUUGACGCCUUUUGGCGCACUCUAAUCGGGAACAUCGGCCUGGGAACAAACCAUUACCCAGUCAGUGAAGAUUGGGUUCGCAAGUUUGCUGCGUUUGCUUUGCAAGCUCGGGAGGAACUCCAGCAAAACAUUUCGAGUUCCUUUGAUGUUCUGAAGGCAGCUGGGGAGAGUCCGAGUUUUACACCAGGUAUCGACUCGAUUCUUCGCCUAUUAAAGGAUCAAUAUCACGGGAAUGAUGAUUUGGAUCAAGAUGGUGGUCUCUACGAAAGUACUAUGCACCAUGUGUCUUGGUACAGAAGACUAUUUCUUACGAAUGAAGGGUACUUUGGUCUCGCGCAUCCGUCCUCUGAACCAGGCGACGAAGUGGUUCUUCUUUCUGGCGGGCGCGUACCUUUCGUGGUAAGGAGAGUGAUUGCGGAAAGACGAGAGUGUUACUCGGUCGUUGGGGAAGCAUAUGUGCAUGGAAUCAUGGAUGGGGAACUCUUAGGUGCGACAGAUGGAAAGUGGGAAGACUUACAUUUCAAGUAA